AUGCCGUCGAUCUCUCUCCUCUCAGACUUGGUUGUUGAUCGAAGCUCUUUGCUUCAUCUAUCAUCAGUUGUGAGUCUUCUCAUUAGCUCUAUCUGGUUCACGACCUCUCUCUUUCCCUCAGACCUGGUUGUCGGUCGAAGCUCAUUGCGUCAUCAAUCAUCGUGGUUCGUCGGUACUGUUAAGGAGGUGUGGGACUCUUUAUUAGAUGUGUAUCAGCAGCCUAAGUUUGCCAAAUGGUAUGAGUUGGAAACAGCUAUUCAGAGUGUUCGUCAGUGGGAUCAAUCUAUUCAAGACUUCUACAUUGAGAUGACAGUUCCAGCUUCAUUUUGGAGAGAGGAAGUUCUUACUGUUGUUUUUCUUCUUAACCGCAUGCUUAUCCCCCUUCUUUCUGGUCAGUUUCCUUAUAAGACUCUGUUCUCUCGACUUCCCAAUUACUUCCUCCUUUGUGUGUUUGGGUCUGCUUGUUUUGUUCUUCUUCCCCGUAAAGAUCGGACCAAACUUAGUGUCCGAUCUGUCCUAUAUGUCUUUUUGGGUUAUAGUCUUACUCAGAAAGGCUAUCGGUCUUACGACCCUAUUUCCCAUCAUCUUUACAUCUCCCAUCAUGUUUCUUUUUUCGAACGUCUGCCUUACUUUCAGUUUCCUCCUAUCACUACUCCAGUUUCUAAAGAGGAUUUGGUUCACAUUGAUCCAUUUCCUUCUGAUGUCCCUCAUGAUGAGUACAUCUCUAUUGUUCCCCAUGACCUUACUCAAUUUUCUCUACAUUCUCCCCAACCUAUUUUUUCUCAUCGUUCUCCGUUGUUAGUUUAUUCUCGUCGCCAGGCUCUUCCUCCACUAGUUGUCUAUACUCCUACGGUUGAUCCUGCUACUUCUGACGACUCUGAUCCUGCUGCACACCAAUAUCCUACUCGAGCACAUCAUCCACCAAACAAGUUAGAACCUCAAUCUUACAAGGAGGCCUGUCAGAAUCCCCAUUGGAUUCAAGCUAUGGAGGAUAAGUUGUCUGCAUUACAGAAAACUAGUACUUGGGAUCCGUCAUUGGCCAAUAAGGUUAUUCACCGUGCCAGUCUUACUGACACUAAAAUUUCUGAUACCCCCAUUGAGCUUAAUGUGAAGCUUAACACUACUGAUGGUGUCCCACUAGAUGAUCUAAUUUUGUGUCACGAGCUUGUGGGCUACUUAGUCUAUCUAAUCGUUACUCGCCCUGAUCGUGCCUAUGUUGUUCAUGUGAAACAAACUAUUGUUGCCCAUUCUACUGCCGAAGUUGAGUACCAUGCUAUGGCUCAUGCUACUGCUAAGAUUGCCCAUAACACUGUUUUCCAUGAACGCACGAAGUACAUUGAGAUUGAUUGUCACUUUGUUCGUCAGCACCUCCAGUCUGGCUCUAUCUUGCUUUCUUUUGUCCAUUUGGCUUUACAGCUUACUGACUUCUUGGCCAAGACUCACACCACUGCUCAUUUUCGGUUUCUUCUUGACAAACUCUUUAUGUUUUUGGCUAAAACACCUCAAGUUUGA